CCAGUCUGGCUCCACCCAGUCUUAGUCCCUCCUUGGUGCUGGAGCAAAUCGCAAUCAAAAAUCUGUCUCGGGGCGCAAAUGUUUCAAUCCCUAGCGAAUGGUGCAAUAAUCAUACAGGCUUGAAACUAACAGAUGUCACUCCGCUGCAUACGGCCACAGGCGCCAUCGCACAUGACCUCGUCGUGAAAGGGGCUUCAGUGCGUGCGCAAGACUCAAAUGGCUGGACACCGCUAUUCUGGGUAAUCAUGGGCCACAAGAAUUUUAGAGCGAGAUCAGCAACACAGAAUGAACGGGAUGCAGGCGCAUACACCAACACGCCGGGCCUCAAGGCAGUGAAAGCGAAUUUAGUCUAUGGAUCUCCAGUGAACACUAGAGACAAGACGGAGAAGACACCCUUGCACACGGGGAAGACACCCUUGCACUGCUGGGCUCUGACUUUCGCCAAUUUCGCACAGGGCGCGGCUGAUGAUGCCAAUAUCACCUGGAAAAUCAUCAACUACGCCGUGGAAAAACACCACCGCUCGGUACUGAAGCGGCUAGUCGAUGCCGGCGGCCGCCUCGACCUUCGAGACGAAGACGGAAGGUCUGUGAAGGACAUUAUCCGCCGGUAUUUGAACGUGGCUAGCUGGGAGAGGCCUGGACGUCCUGACGAGAACAACAGCAUGGCCUUGGCGGAUACGCUCCGGUGGAUACGGGAAGUCCUGGGUAGAGUGACUAGAACAGCCAUUCGGUGCAAUUUUCACAUGAUGGGACCAUGUCAGAAAUAGCCUAC